AUGAGGAAUCUUCCUUUUCCCCUCGCGCUCAUAUGCCUGGUUUCCAUCAGGGGUCAUUGUCCACUGCCCACAACAUCCGGCCUCGCAUGGAUGUAUCCCGACGGCCACGAGCUUUUCUCGGAUGACGAUUAUGACUAUGAGAAAGCAGUCACUACUUCCACGGGCAGCUCGCAGCGCUGCGACUACCACCCCUGUCGGGAGAGUCAGACACCCUGUGCAGACCUGGCCGAGAUCUCUCACUGCUUGUGUCCGGGGUUCACCUUACACAACGAGGCUCCGCGGGCCCCCGACCUCAAAUCCGUGUCCUGGAACGGGUCAGACGUCGUGGCCAAGUGGUGCGAACCACACUCUUACGUCUCGUUCUACAUAGUGACCGUGGGAGGGGAGGACAGGCAGACCUUCACCAGGGAUCAGAGGAAUGGCGGAGUUGGCGAGAUAGACCACAUCUCCCAAGUUUGUGUGGUCGCCGUGAACGACGCGGGAAAAAGUGACCCGUCGUGUUUGAUGUACAAGCCGGCGGAUAAACGGCCUCUGACGGCGGGGCUCAUCGGGGGGGCCCUGGGCUUCCUGCUGCUCCUCGUACUGGCCCUCACAGUCUGGAGAUGCAGGAGGCAAAGGAAGCAGGACUCCGGCAUCUCUAUGAAGAACAGAACAGAGACAGAGUGA